AUGUACCUACAACUUCAAUCCAAAAAUAAAUUUCUCGGCCUUCAUUUAGCCACCGGUUUGCAUGACUGGGAUAUGAACGAAGAAAUAAAAUUAACGACAACGACCGACCAGUUUUAUCACGAUGACAAACGGAGUGACCAGUAUCUGGCGCAGUGGCAUUACGCGAGAAUCUCUAGAAGAUCAUUACCCGGAACUGACAUCAACUAUCAGCUCCCUCACAAUGCCAAAGAGCCUGAAAUACAACCUAAUCUAUGGUUGAUGGUGAAUCCCAGUUUAGCCUGCCCCAUAAAGUACCCUACUAGUUACCCCAAAACACCAACACCCCCAAAACCGGCAACUCUGGCAGCUGUGCCAAGACUCACCACACCUGUUCUGGAACAAAGUUUGCGCCCAGUGAUUCUACCUGAUGAAACAUGCCUGAAUGAGUCAGUGCACAAUACCUCCCUCUCCAGCGAGUAUCAGCUCACAGAUGAAGACGACGCUUCCUCUGUAGAUGUGCCUGUUUGUCAUAAGGUGAAGGGUGCUCGAAAGGUGAAGACACCAAGACAGACCACUCGCAAGCUGGGUCUUACACAGAACCGACGGCUUCAGAGAGCCCUGCAGGACAGUAUGAACCUGAAGAGCGGCGGGUGGCCUCGGCCACCUGUUAACUACUGCAUCCUCAUUGCCAUGGCGCUCAGCAGCAGCCGGUCCGGGAGUCUUAACGUGCAGCAGAUCUAUAACUUCACCAGAGAGCACUUCCCCUUUUUCAUUACAGCUCCAGAUGGGUGGAAAAACACAAUCCGCCAUAAUCUGUGCUUCAGCAACAGUUUCAAGAAGACCCCACAGCAGGUGUCUGGAGACGGGAAGAGGAAGUCGUGUCUGUGGCACCUCACGCUGGACGGUCGACAGAGACUGAGAGAUGAAAUCCACUCGCUUUCAGGAGAUUCCUUCAGAAUGCUGAAGAGAAGCAUGAACUAUCCAGAUCUGAUUCAAGCAUUGUUGGAGCUGUGA